AUGAACAACGAGAGUUUCAAGUCUUUAGCUGAGGCAGAUAAGAAGGCUCGAGAGCUUAUUCAAGAAGCACGCAAGGAGAGAGAGCGCUUGAAAGAAUUGACUAUCAAAACGGCCGAAGAGCAUGAAAAUACACUUAUGGAAGCCAAAGAUCGUGAAGUUAAGAUGUAUCGUGAUGAAUGUAUUCAAAAGAUUCUAGCUAUUGAAAAGGAGAUUAAAGUUUGGAUUGAUGAAAGUCUAGAUCGGAUCAAAGAAAAUGAAUCAAUGUAUAAGGAUAUUAUUCAAGAUAUCGUGGAAUUGAUUGCCGCUCCAGAUGAAUAA